AUGCUCUAUCCUAUUAUUGAAGCAUUUAGUAAACUCGGUUUACCAAGUAUAAGAAAUGAUGAUUUUUUUGAUCGACUUAGUCGAAGAUAUUCUAUGAUUCUCUUUGGUAUAUCUUUUAUUAUUGUUACAACAGCACAUUUUGUUGGUAAUCCAAUUCAUUGUUUUACACAAAUGGUCGAUAAUAAACAUAAAAUCGAUUAUGUAAAUUGGGUUUGUUGGAUUAGUUCAUCUUAUUAUUUACCAUUUGAGAAACCACUUCCAAAUCGAAAUCAAUCACGACCUGAAAAAAUUCCAUAUUAUCAAUGGGUACCAUUUAUUCUUUUUGUCAUGAUGAUACUUUGCUAUAUACCUGGUUUUAUUUGGCGAAGAAUAAAUCGAAAUUGUGGAAUUGAUACAAAAGUUAUUACAAGUAUUAUAUCAGAUAUGGAUCCAUUAAUUAGUGAAAAUCGAAAAGAUGCUAUGGAUACAUUAGUUAAACAUAUCGAUAAUGCAUUGACUUAUCAUCGUGAUUAUCAUCAUGGAUUUAUGUAUAGAACGUGGAAACGUUUUCCAAAUUUAUUAUGCUGCGGUUUGGGUCAACAUUCGGGAAAUUAUUUAGCUUUUGGUUAUAUUCUUGUUAAAUUACUUUAUAUAACUAAUGCUAUUGGUCAACUUUUUCUUCUCAAUAUUUUUAUGGGUAAUCGAUUACAUUUGUAUGGUUUUGAAGUUCUUCAAAAAUUGUUUCAUGGUCAAAAAAUCGAAGCUAUUGAAAAGUUUCCACGCAUAACUAUGUGUCGAUUUAUUCUUCGAACACUUGGUGAUAAUAUUCAACCAUAUGAUGUUCAAUGUCUUCUACCGAUGAAUAUUUAUAACGAAAAAAUUUUUUUAAUAAUUUGGUUUUGGCUUGCUUUUGUUUCUAUUAUUUCUAUCUAUGGUUUAGUUAAGUGGCUUUAUUAUUUUACUUUAAAAUCACGUAAAAAUUUUAUUCGUCGUUUUCUAAAAGUAAAUCGAAUUGAUUAUUAUUUGGAAAAUCCAACACGUUUUGAAACUGAAAUGCUUCCAACUUUUGUUGAUCGAUAUUGUCGACAAGAUGGCAUUUUAUUACUACGUAUUGUUAAUGCAAAUAUGAACGAUGUUCUUGUUGGUGAACUUAUUUGUACACUUUGGGAUCAUUGGCAAAAACAACGACAAAUUCGUAUUAAUAAUUUACCUCAACGUUCUAAUAAUUAUAAGACACAAUUACUCGAUGACCAUGAUAAUAUUCAAUCAGAUUUAGUACCUUUGAAAACACCAAUACCAAUUAUUCAUGAUGAUCGUUAUGUUAUGUUAUCACCACGUAUUUAA